UCUAAGAGAGUGAGUGCAACAUGUUAUCAAAGGUAUUACCGGCUUCUGUAACAGAGCUAUGUGGGGGCCGAUAGAAUAUACCAAUAGCAACUUUUUGUUUUGGAAGCUGCACCUUCAACCAUAUAUAUUCAAGACCUUGCCCAAAUGAAAUUAUGGAAGAGUUGUAGUGGUUGUUUACAAAGACUGCAACCCCACCACCUCGCCCAUCUCUAUCACAGCGAUAGC